AUGAGCCAUAGCAUCUUUCACCAAACUUUGCUUUGUCAAACGCAAUCGGUUGCUGAGUAUCAAAGUAAGCUUAAUUCUUGUGGAAUUGUUUCCGGUACUUUAUUCCAAUCGCAGAGUGUUGAUAAAGAAAAGAAGCUUUUGCUGUCUACAAAUUUCCGCGGGAGCAGAUUGUGUGUUAGGAAACGCAGAGUAGCCAUGGCGAAGAACCAUUCUAUUUCACGCGCUGUGUUAACUUCAAAUGCGGCUUCUGAGCUUUCAGAGAAGUUCAACCUGGAAGGAAAUAUUGAAAUGCAGGUCAAUCUUAGUUUUUCAGGAUCAGGAGAAUGCAACAUUACAAACUGA